GUGAUCUGCAAUUGGUCACUCCAAGAAGUUGCCAGAGAUGGCCUAAUAAAUGUAGUAGUUGAUAAAGAAACGCUGCUGGUGGGUUUUCCUUCAUUAGAUCAGUGUGUCCACUUUUGGGUGCCUUCUUCACCAAUCAUAGACCACCACCAAUAAUCAAGUCAUUGCCAUAUAAAACUUCUACCAAAAAAACAAAAAUUUAUAUUUAUAAAACUCGCUUCAAAAGUUCUUGGAGACAAACUCAUCCAAUGGUUCACCUCCUACAAUCUUUGAAUACCAAAAAUCUUUCUGUAUAACAACAACCCACAAAAAGUCAUGGACUUUUGCUCACUACCCAUUACCUUCUUCUUCAUCUUCUUCUUCCUUGCUCUUCCAUUAACAUAUUCCAUACCCUUCAUAGUGCUUCACGGCAUUGGGGAUGAGUGCUCCCAUCGAGGAGUUAAACAAUUCACCAAGCAACUAAGAGACUUUUCCGGUUCUGAAGGAUUUUGCGUAGAAGUGGGAAAUGGAUCAUGGGAUUCCUGGUUUAUACCUCUUGAGGAACAGACGGAUAUUGUUUGCAAGAAGGUUAAGGAAAUGAAAGAACUGAGUGAGGGUUAUAAUAUUGUUGGUCUCUCCCAGGGUAAUCUAAUUGGUCGAGGCGUUGUAGAAUUUUGCGAGGGUGGACCUCCUGUGAAGAAUUUUAUCUCUUUAGGGGGACCUCAUGCUGGUACUGCUUCCGUUCCUCUUUGUGGUUCUGGUAUACUAUGCGUACUUGCAGACAAACUGAUCAAAUCAGAGGUCUAUUCAAACUUUGUUCAGGAUCAUUUGGCUCCCAGUGGUUAUCUUAAGUUACCAAAUGCUAUACCAGACUAUUUGAAGAAUUGUAAGUUUCUUCCAAAGCUUAACAAUGAACUCCCUGAUCAAAGAAAUUCCACAUACAAGGAAAGGUUCUCUAGCCUAGAAAACUUGGUUCUUAUAAUGUCUGCCCAUGACUCUGUUUUGAUACCAAGGGAGACUUCUUGGUUUGGAUAUUAUCCAGAUGGAUCGUUCGAUCCGGUUUUACCUCCAAAUCAGACAAAGCUUUACACAGAGGACUGGAUUGGUUUGAAAACCUUAGAUGAAGCCGGAAAAGUGAAGUUCAUUACGGUUGCAGGAGGUCAUCUUAGCAUCUCCAAGAAUGAAAUGAAGAAAUAUAUGGUUCCUUACUUGAUAGACAACAAUAAUAAUAAUUCCACAGAGAAAAGAAACAUGAAUAAGUUCUUGAACGAGAGGAAGCAAGUUGUUGUUCCUCAACUUGAAGAAAAACUAUCAACCAAAAUGAUAAAGGUUCAUCAACAUCUUACAAAUGGCCCUCAUCCAUUAAAAGUUUCUUCAAUGAACUAGUAGGAUUCAAAGAUGAUGAAUCACCAAGUCAAUAUUAGUUAGUACAAAAAAUCUGAAAAUUCAGUAAUUGAAAUGUACUAUUUCACCAUUGCUUGAGGAAAGCAAAACUCAAUUAAGUAUGGAAGGACAAGCCUCUUGUACAAUAAUGAUGUAAUAGAAAAUAUAAAGGGAUUAGAAAAAUAUUAUUUUUAGAAUUUUAGAUGAAAUUUUUUAGCUAAAAUAGAA